CCCCUGCGAAGCGCGUGUGGCUGUCGGGAGUUGGAAUAGGCGAGAAACUCUUUUACAACUCCAUUUUGCCUUUUACAUUGAACGAGGACCAUUAAUCACCGUUUUAUACCGGGUGAAGACAGUGAGGCUUUGGGUGGAUUCUCUGUUUUGAAUGCCGUAUUAUUGGAGAUUGUACUUGCAUCUGAGAAGUUCCAGGUACUUUGUACAACUGCAUCCCAGAAGCUGUGUGUUUUCAACACCUUCAUAAGUGAUGGCUGCCAUCAGGAAGAAACUGGUGAUUGUUGGUGAUGGAGCUUGUGGUAAGACAUGCUUGCUCAUAGUCUUCAGCAAGGACCAGUUCCCAGAGGUUUAUGUGCCCACGGUGUUUGAAAACUAUGUGGCAGAUAUUGAAGUGGAUGGGAAGCAGGUAGAAUUGGCCUUAUGGGACACAGCUGGACAGGAAGAUUAUGAUCGCCUGAGGCCUCUCUCUUAUCCAGACACUGAUGUUAUACUGAUGUGUUUUUCUAUUGACAGCCCUGAUAGUUUAGAAAACAUCCCAGAAAAGUGGACUCCAGAAGUCAAGCAUUUCUGUCCAAAUGUGCCCAUCAUCCUAGUUGGGAACAAAAAGGAUCUUCGGAAUGAUGAGCACACAAGACGGGAAUUAGCCAAAAUGAAGCAGGAGCCGGUAAAACCUGAAGAAGGCAGAGAUAUGGCAAACAGGAUUGGCGCUUUUGGGUACAUGGAGUGUUCAGCAAAGACCAAAGAUGGAGUGAGAGAGGUUUUUGAAAUGGCCACGAGAGCAGCUCUGCAGGCCAGGCGUGGGAAGAAAAAGUCCGGGUGCCUCGUCUUGUGAAGCCUUGUGAAGCGCAGCCUCACGCGGUUGAUUCGAAGUGCUGUUUAUUAAUCUUAGUGUAUGAUUACUGGCCUUUUCAUUUAUCUAUAAUUUACCUAAGAUUACAAAUCAGAAGUCAUCUUGCUACCAGUAUUUAGAAGCCAACCAUGAUUAUUAAUAAUGUCCAACCUGUCUGACCAGCCAGGGUCCUUCUGACACUGCUCUAACAGCCCUCUCUGCACUCCACCUGACACCAGGCGCUAAUUCAAAGAAUUUCUUCUUGCUUCUUUCUAGAAAGAGAAACAGUUGGUAACUUUUGUGAAUUAGGCUGUAACUACUUUAUAACUAACAUGUCCUGCCUAUUUUCUGUCAGCUGCAAGAACUCUGGUGAGCCACUACUUCAGAGCUUACUUGUUAACAAACAGAUCCAUUGGCCGAGCUCUGAGGUGGGCGUCCAGUUUUUUGAAAACUUGCUCAGCCAAAAAGGCCCAAGUCCAUGCGGCUGUGGCAGAGUUACAGUUCUGUGGUCUCAUGUUAGUUACCUUAUAGUUACUGUGUAAUUAGUGCCACUUAAUGUAUGUUACCAAAAAAAUAAAUAUAUCUACCCCAGACUAGAUGUAGUAUUUUUUGUAUAAUUGGAUUUCCUAAUACUGAUAUUUGUCAUUCCCACAGAAAGUGUAUUGCUUUUUUUUUUUUAAAGAAAGUGUAUUUGGAAAUAAAGUCAGAUGGAAAAUUCAUUUUUAAAAUUCCCAUUUUGUCACUUUCUCUGAUAAAAUAUGGCCAUAUCUCCCCUUUUCAGCCCUAUAUAUUAUUCCAGCACCCCUUUCCAGACUGGACUUAAGUAAAUAGGAAUUUGGUUUCACGCCUGAGGCAGUUAUACUUUGGAGGUGGCAUAGCCUUUCUCACCUGGACUGCAGGGUCUGGCUCUAAGUCACAGUGCUCCUUUCUCCACACUGUAUCCAAGUUGCCUCCCAGAGGAGCCACCAGUUCUUAUGGAUGGCAGUGGGUGGGGGUGGGGGGUCUCUUCUCUCCAGCUGACUAAACUUUUUUCUGUACCAGUUAAUUUUUCCAACUAAUAGAAUAAAGGCAGUUUUCUAAA